AUGCGCUUCACAAGCACCGCCUUCUUCCUUACGCUGGCGUUCUUCCUCGGCGAAGUCGCGUCUUCUCCGGUCAGCCCUGAGGGCCGGUCUACGCCGGAGGACAUACUGGGACGCGGUAUCGUACCCGACAGUGCGUUCCCGUCUGGACAAAUCGCGGGCAAGGCGAUCCCACCCACUCGUCGCGAGAACGUCCUCGAGCGCGGCAUUGUACCCGACUCAGCGUUUCCCGACGGUCAAAUCGCAGGCAAGGCGAUUCCCGCUCGUCGCGCAGACAUCUUCGAGCGCGGAAUCGUACCGAACACUGCAUUCCCCGACGGACAAAUUGCAGGCAAGGCGAUCCAACCUGUUCGUCGUGCGGAGACUUCUAAGUGA